CUCCGAGUCUCGGGGAAGACCAGCCCGCGGAUCUACCGGUUCCCCGGGCCCGCCCCUUGCAUCUCCCGCCCUCCCUUCCUGUCCGCGGCGGCCGGGCCCAUGGCCACAAGCAGCCAUGCUGGGCGCGCGGGCCUGGCUGGGCCGGGGCCUCCUGUUGUCCCGCGCUGGGCAGGGCCUCGCCUCGAGCCGCAGGUGUCCUGAGGCUCUGGCACCGACCUGGCCCCACAGAAGUGCUAGUAGGGGUAGCUCUUCCCGGGACAAAGACCGAAGUGCGACGGUCAGUAGUUCGGUGUCCAUGCCUGCUGGAGGAAAGGGAAACCGGCCGAGUGGUCCGUCUUCUGCACCCCAGAAGGUCCCCAACCGCCUAAUCAAUGAGAAGUCACCGUACCUCCAACAACAUGCCUACAAUCCUGUGGACUGGUACCCCUGGGGACAGGAAGCCUUCGACAAGGCCAAGAAAGAAAAUAAGCCAAUUUUCCUCUCAGUGGGGUACUCCACCUGCCACUGGUGCCACGUGAUGGAGGAGGAGUCCUUUCGGAACGAGGAGAUCAGCCGCCUGCUCAAUGAGGACUUUGUCAGCGUGAAGGUAGACCGCGAAGAGCGGCCGGACGUGGACAAGGUGUACAUGACCUUCGUGCAGGCCACCAGCAGCGGUGGGGGCUGGCCCAUGAAUGUGUGGUUGACUCCCAACCUCCAGCCCUUUGUUGGGGGCACCUAUUUCCCCCCUGAGGACGGCUUGACCCGAGUCGGCUUCCGCACGGUGUUGCUGAGAAUACGGGACCAGUGGAAACAGAACAAGAACACGCUGCUAGAAAAUAGCCAGCGCGUUACGACAGCCCUGCUGGCCCGGUCGGAGAUCAGCACGGGGGACCGCCAGCUGCCACCCUCAGCCGCCAUCAUGAACAGCCGCUGCUUCCAGCAGCUGGACGAGGGCUAUGAUGAGGAGUAUGGUGGCUUCGCUGAGGCCCCCAAGUUUCCCACACCGGUGAUCCUGAGCUUCCUGUUCAACUACUGGCUCACCCAUCGACUGACCCAGGAUGGGUCUCGAGCCCAGCAGAUGGCCUUGCACACGCUGAAAAUGAUGGCCAACGGGGGCAUCCGGGACCACGUGGGGCAGGGCUUUCACCGCUACUCCACGGACCGCCAGUGGCACGUCCCCCACUUCGAGAAGAUGCUCUGUGACCAGGCACAGCUUGCAGUGGUCUAUUCACAGGCCUUCCAGAUCUCUGGUGAUGAAUUCUACUCUGACGUUGCCAAAGGCAUCCUGCACUAUGUGGCUCGGAGCCUGAGCCACCGGUCUGGAGGCUUCUACAGUGCGGAGGAUGCAGACUCACCCCCAGAGCGGGGCAUGCGGCCCAAAGAGGGUGCCUUCUACUUGUGGACCGUCAAGGAGGUCCAGCAACUCCUCUCUGAGCCUGUGCUGGGCGCCACGGAGCCGCUGACCUCAGGCAAGCUCCUCAUGAAGCACUACGGACUCACGGAGGCCGGCAACAUCAGCUCCAGUCAGGACCCCAAGGCGGAGCUACAGGGCCAGAACGUGCUGACCGUCCGGUACUCGCUGGAGCUGACGGCCGCCCGCUUCGGCUUGGGCGUGGAGGCUGUCCAGACCAUGCUCAACACCGGGCUGGAGAAGCUCUCGCAGGCCCGGAAACAUCGGCCGAAGCCGCACCUGGACAGCAAGAUGCUGGCUGCCUGGAACGGUCUGAUGGUGUCUGGCUAUGCUGUGACCGGGGCUGUCCUGGGGCAGGACAGGUUGAUCAACUAUGCCACCAACGGUGCCAAGUUCCUGAAGCGGCACAUGUUUGACGUGGCCAGCGGCCGCCUGAUGCGCACCUGCUAUGCCGGAUCUGGGGGGACCGUGGAGCACAGUAACCCGCCCUGCUGGGGCUUCCUGGAGGACUACGCCUUCGUGGUGCGGGGCCUACUGGACCUGUACGAGGCCUCGCAGGAGAGCUCGUGGCUCGAGUGGGCUCUGCGGCUGCAGGACACGCAGGACAGGUUCUUCUGGGACUCCCGGGGCGGUGGCUACUUCUGCAGCGAGGCCGAGCUGGGGGCUGGCUUGCCCCUGCGGCUGAAGGACG